CCAUCACUUUGACAGCGUCGCACUUUGACAGCCGUGUUAGUUUUUUUCAUAUGCGUGUGCUGCGAAAAAGUUGAAAUCACAAAUUUCUGUGCAAAAUUCUCCCCAAAAUCUCGUGAAAUAAAUGUUUCUCAAUCGAAUGUAAAUGCACAUUUUCCGUUAAGAACCCCUCCUGAGCCUUGGUGCAUUUGAUAGUGUGUUGAUUUGAAUGCAUUUUAGAGUUACUAAUUUGAUGCGAAAAAUUUUGCUUCGCACGCAAAAGUAGAAGAGAGAAAGAGAGAAAAAACAAGUUGAAAUAUUCAAGUCCGUCAGCGAGCAGAGGACCAAAACGCUAUAAAGCCAGCAUGGAGGGAUUUUCGACGACCGACGUGGUGAUCAUCCAUGGCAACUCACAUCCGGAGCUGGCGAAUCUCAUAGCCAGCCGUCUGGGCGUGAAGAGCGGCUCCUCGAGCGCCUCCGUGUACCACAAGACCAACCGCGAGACGAUGGUGGACAUCUCGGACUCCGUGCGCGGCAAGUCCAUCUACAUCAUCCAGACGGGCACCAAAGACGUCAACAAUAACAUCAUGGAACUCCUGAUAAUGGCGUACGCGUGCAAGACCUCAUCGGCCCGGUCUAUCGUGGGCGUCAUUCCGUACUUGCCGUACUCGAAGCAGUGCAAGAUGCGCAAGCGGGGCUGCAUCGUGUCCAAGCUGCUGGCCAAGAUGAUGUGCAAGUCCGGCCUCACGCACGUCAUCACCAUGGAUCUGCACCAGAAGGAGAUCCAGGGAUUCUUCGACUGUCCCGUGGACAACUUGAGGGCCUCGCCGUUCCUGCUUCAGUACAUUCAAGAGAGUAUUCCGGACUACCGCAAUUCCGUGAUCGUGGCGCGCAAUCCGGGCUCCGCCAAGAAGGCCACGUCGUACGCGGAGCGCCUGCGUCUGGGCAUCGCCGUGAUCCACGGCGAGCAGAAGGAGUCCGAGGCGGACGAGGUGGAUGGGCGCUACUCGCCGCCGGCCGUGUCGCGCUCACGCACGAUGGACGUGUCCGUGGGCGUGCCCGUGCACCCGGCCAAGGAGAAGCCGCCGAUAAACGUGGUGGGCGAUGUGGGCGGGCGCAUCGCCAUUAUGGUGGAUGAUCUUAUUGAUGACGUGCAGUCGUUCGUGGCGGCGGCGGAGGUGCUGAAGGACAGGGGCGCGUACAAGAUCUACGUGCUGGCCACACACGGCCUGCUCAGCUCCGACGCGCCGCGGCUCAUCGAGGACUCGCCCAUUGACGAGGUGGUGGUGACCAACACGAUUCCGCACGAGAUCCAGAAGAUGCAGUGCCACAAGAUCAAGACCAUCGACAUCUCUGUGCUGCUCUCCGAGGCCAUCCGGCGCAUCCACAACCGCGAGUCGAUGUCGUAUCUGUUCAAGAAUGUCACACUGGAGGACUAAAGCGCGCACGCGAGUCUCCAGCGGCGGCGCGCGUGGAUUUUUUGUGUUUUUUUCUACACAAACACACACUUGAGUUCUUCUCCCCGAGUCACGCUAUCAGGAGCUAAUCUAGAGGACUGUCGAAGCGACAUAAAGGCAUAAAUAAAUGUAUUAAAAUUGGGAAAUAUAAG